CGUGGUUCGUGCGGUUUCAGUUCAGUCUGACUGACAAGCGAUGUGAAAUGGGAAUGCAAAUGCACACAGGAGCUGGAUUACUACUCGCUCUUAUCGCUUUACCACACUGACCGGAUCCUUCCAAAACCCAAACCAGUAAACCAGGUUCGAUCUUCAAAUCACGACACUUUCAUCCAAUAGUGAGACUGACAUUGGAACGUAGAAAGAUGAACACCAUCGUGUUUAAUAAAUUUACCAACCAAGUCCUUUUCGAAGAAAAAGCCAAUGAGGUUGAGAGGAACAGCAGGACCUAUAUGGAAGUCAUGGAAGAGCAGCACCAGGAGCUGAUGAUGCCGGACAGUCCGUCUGGUAGAAGUCAGAGGGGCCUGCGACACAGGAGGUCUGGUUCUCGGCAGGGUGGAGGGAAAGUGAGGCACAAACGACAGGCUCUCCAGGAUAUGGCUCGUCCCCUGAAACAAUGGCUUUACAAACACCGGGACAAUCCCUAUCCAACUAAAACAGAGAAGAUCCUACUGGCACUCGGAUCCCAGAUGACCCUGGUACAAGUUUCCAACUGGUUUGCAAAUGCUAGGCGCCGUCUGAAAAAUACUGUUAGACAACCGGAUUUGAGCUGGGCAUUGCGAAUAAAGUUAUACAACAAGUACGUCCAGGGCAACGCAGAACGACUUAGCAUUAGCAGUGACGACACAUGUUCAGAAGAUGUGGAACAUCCACCAAGGAAUCCUGCAGAUGGAGAAUUCAACAAACCAAUUCAGGCUGUUACUAAAAAGGAAAGUCCCAUUCUGAAAGCAGUGGGAAGACCAGGCACCAUAAUCAAUGAAGAUUAUGUGUCACCACCAAAGUACAAAAGUAGCUUGUUACAUCGCUAUCUGAAUGACUCCUUAAGGCAUGUCAUGGCAUCGAAUGCUGCUAUGAAAGCUACUGACAGGAAAAGAAACCAUUCUGGGUCCUUCAGCUCCAAUGAAUAUGAAGAAGAAUUAGCAUCGCCAUCAUCCUCUGAAACAGAUGGGAACUUUGUGUAUCGUACUGAGACAGUGGAGCAGGGAGUGAACAGAUUAACCAGCUAUCCAAAGAGAAAGGAAACCUCCAAAGAUGAAACCUACUGGAAGGAAAUUAACGCUGCCAUGGCCUUAACAAAUCUGGCACAAGCAAAAGGCAAAAUUCAAGGAACGACCAGCUGUAUCAUUCAAAAGUCUUCACAUAUUUCCGAAAUAAAGACUUUGAAAAUUUCACCGGGUAAACCAUUUUAAAGAGAAAGAUUAAGUGACUUAAGACAUUUCAGAAGCAAAACCAUUCCAUGUAUAUAUAUUAAAAAAUUUUCUGCAAUCAAAUGCUGACCCCUGGCUCCUGAAGCCAGUUUAGAACAAAUCAAUUUUUGAAAAUCUAAUCUUAUGUUUAUUAAUAUAUUUAGGAUCUCGCAGCAGUUUUUAAAUCUUUUGUAAUAACACAUGUAUUUUUUGCUGUUGUUGGCCAGCUUUUUUUUAAACAAGAACUGACUGUAAAUUGUUAAAACGGUACAAUUUCUAUCAAAGUAUUAACUUAUUUUAUGUUACUCAAAUUAAUCUUUGACAUCUCAUGUUGAUACUCUCAGCAUGAAUAUAAUGUAAUAUAAAUAAUAUAUCAAUAAGCUACAUGUUGCACACUGAAAGCAUUUUUACCAUAGUGAAAUUAUACUUUUGUAUAACAAGAUCAGUUCCAUACUGUAAGGCUCUUAUUUGACAAACAGAACAAAAAAAUGUCGACAACACAGGAAUGUACAUUGUGGUCCUGAAAAAAACAUUGGGAUUUUUCUGGCACGUCACUUUAUUUUGACUGUAGUUACAGCCUCUUGAUGUUGCUUUGGCUCAGAGAACACGUGUUGAAAAUACAUGACAACUGGCAUGUCAUACAGAUCUAAAUUGUGAUCUAAUUAGAAGCAGCUACCUUUUGCACUCAGGAUUCAAAUUUGCUGAAUUAUUAGCCAAUGUUAAGCUGGAAGGUUCCAAAGUUAAACAAUGCUCAAACCAUUGUUUUUCGUGGUGACAAAAUUCCAAUAUCUAUUCAAAAUCUGAAUGAGUAUGUCAGCAUGCAUUGGCCUCAAUAAAGGACUAGCGUUACUUCUUCAUUUAAUACUCAAACUUAUCCUUAACAAUAGUAACAUUUAGAAAUAGAAAGCUGACCAUGACAGAAUAACAGGCAGAGGGAAUAUCAAUAGUACACCGACUGGAUGGAAUUCCCUGUAGCAAACUGUAAUCAAGCCCAUUCAUGCACCCAUUUUGUCAAUCCAAAUUUCCUGCCAAUGUAAUUAAAAAACGUUGGAACAUUAGAAAUGGGCGCAAACAAGCAGAAAUCCGUAAAAACAAUCAGAACCCAAAGAAAGCACUGAAUUCACACCAUAUUGUCCUUUAAUUUUGAAAAUUGAAGUCUCAAGCCAUCUAUCACACAUACAAAUUAGACACAGCUUGUUUAAGAACAUGCAUAAAAAUGCAUUUAAGAAACAGAAAAUACAAUGCAGGUUUCUGUGAAGAUACAUUUAUAAAAAUUGUUCCAAGAAUAACGAUAAAACACCAGAAAAAAAUGAUUUUGUUUCCUGCUGUGCCUAAAAUUUUGAUGCUAAUUUUAUAUUGUUUGAACCAGUAUAAUUGCACAAAAUGAUGUGUGGCUUGUUAGCAUGGGGGCAGAGCCAUUAUAAUCACCUGCACUGCAUUUGGAGUCAGGGAAUGAUAGAUGGCUGUAAAAGAACAAGGAAAUUUGGGUGUGGCAUAAUAAGACAUAAAACACAUUUGUACCCAAAAUUCCUCAGCAUUUUAACAAUCUUUUUGCUUCAUACGCAACGACAUGCUGCUGGGGACAAGUACAGAGGGAAUUUCAACACACUAUAUUUAAGUUGUGUACUACUGUGAUCCACGUAGGUCUAAGUACUUUGCAUGCUAGUUAUAAUGCUUAUUUUGUGGCCAGAUAAAAUGGGGUUGUGUGCUUGUUUGAUCUUAGAACUGACUUGAGGAGCUAAUCUCACAUCUCUUGAACCUCACGCCUACCUCUAUAACUGCAGCUAGUGUAAAGUGGAGUUUAAGGAGACUGCUCGGGAACCUUCAGGCUUACUUUCUAAUCUUAAUAUUAGCAGGGAAUCAACUUUUCCAUUACAUUCCUAAUAUCAAAAUUUAUCUGCCAUUCAGAUACUGGUGAGCAAUUACCAAACACAUCACUUGUACAAAAUUCUGGAAUAUAAAAAUAAUUUGCAAUACUACUUUUCCUAUUUAAAAGAAAAUGUUAUUGCCUAUUUUUCAACUCUGAAGGAAGAAUCCAAUGUAAUGUUUUAGGGCCACUCAGUGUAAUUUCAUUCCUAACAUGCUCUCCUCUUUGUGCAAUGAACAUAAUGUAUUUUGAGAUGGGAUUUGUAAAUAUUUUUAUACCUUUUGUGCAAACUGUUAAAAGUUGCAAUUUGUAAUAUGCCCUUAGGUGUAAAGCAGAUAAUUGAAUUAUGUAUUUUGGCAUAUACGAAAAAAAGCUGCUUUAAAAAAGCUUUUUAUGGUAGUGUCUUUUUUUAAUAUAUCACAUUAAGCAAAAUAAUAGAUCCAAGAUUGUUUUAUCAUGUAUCUUUUUCUGAAUAUGUUUAAUUGUUCUGAUGUGUUCAGCAAGCAAUUUGCUGCAAAUAUUAUAAAUUUAUAAAUUAUCACAAUAAUAAACAA